AUGGACAGACCAGAUGUAUUUGUUGGCUCAAUCGACCAAGGAACUACUAGCACCAGGUUCCUCAUUUUCAGCGAAGCUGGCGAGCUAGUGGUAUCUCACCAAGUCGAGUUUACACAAAUCUAUCCAAACCCAGGAUGGCAUGAACAAGAUCCGCUCGAGAUAGUCUCCUCCGUGGAAACCUGCAUAGAAGAAGCGGUCACCAAGCUCGAGGCUCAAUGGUUAUCUCGCUCAGAUAUCAAAGCAGUCGGCAUUACAAACCAGCGCGAGACCACCAUCGUAUGGGACUCGGAAAGCGGCGAACCACUCUACAAUGCAAUUGUCUGGACAGACACCAGAUCGCAAGAUAUUGUGGAUCGGCUCAAACAAAAACCGGGGACAUCGCGACUGCAGCAGAUCUGUGGUCUCCCGCUGUCCACCUAUUCAUCUUCGACGAAGCUUCUCUGGAUGCUUGAUAACGUCCCCAAAGUCCAAGAGGCCUACGAAAAAGGCACCCUGGCUUUUGGGACUGUCGAUGUGUGGCUAGUGUACCGACUCAAUGGAGGUCCUAAAGUAAAGAAUGUCUUCGUGUCAGACCCCACAAACGCAUCGCGAACCAUGUUCAUGAAUCUGAAGACCCUCAAAUACGACGACUAUCUUCUAGACUUCUUCGGCAUCAAAGGCAGGAUCCAUCUGCCCAAAAUAAUCCGUUCUUCGGACCCCAAGGCCUAUGGGACGCUCGCGCAUGGCGCUCUAGCGGGCACACCUAUCACGGGCUGUCUGGGAGAUCAAUCGGCAGCGCUGGUCGGCCAGAAGGGAUUCUCGCCUGGAAUGGCCAAGAACACAUACGGCACGGGCUGCUUCCUUCUGUAUAAUGUGGGAGACACCCCGGUCAUCUCUUCACACGGAUUACUGGCCACUGUGGCGUAUCACUUCGACGGGAAACCCGUAUAUGCCCUGGAGGGAAGCAUCGCAGUAGGAGGAUCCGGUGUCAAAUUCCUCCAGAACAACCUGGAGUUCUUCGAGGAGCCCGCAGAAGUCAACGAUCUGGCGUUGACAGUCGAUAACAAUGGUGGCUGUGUAUUUGUCACUGCAUUCAGUGGCCUAUUUGCUCCCUACUGGAUCGACGAUGCCAGAGGGACUGUUUUCGGAAUAACCCAAUACACCCAGAAAGGCCACCUCGCCCGCGCGAUCCUGGAAGCCACCUGCUUCCAAACCAAAGCCAUUCUCGACGCCAUGGAGAAAGACAGCGGCCAUGCCCUCGCCGAGCUGGCCGUGGACGGAGGCAUGAGCAACUCAGACCUAGCUAUGCAGAUCCAAGCAGACAUAGUCUCCAUCCCCGUCUACCGGCCCCAAAUGCGCGAGACCACCGCCCUGGGCGCCGCCAUCGCCGCCAGCCUCGCCGCCGGCGUCUGGCGGAACUUCACCGAGCUGCGCGAGAUCAACCGGGGCAGUGGCAGCGGGGGCACGGUCUUCGAGCCCCGGCCCGGAUAUCGCGAGGAGAGUGCACAGGCGUUCGCGUUGUGGGAGAAGGCGGUGGCGAUGAGUCGGGGGUGGGUGGGCGAUCACCGUCAUCAUCGUGGGACGGAAGAGCAGAACCCAGCGGCGUCGGACCAUGUUCGCGUUGAUAUGCCCCUGGAUUUGAACGGGCUGGUUGGUGGUCAACAUCGCGUGACUACCGCUACUGCUACUUCUACCUCGAAAGCGGUAGGGGUGGUCUGGCCGCUCCAGGUCUCCUUGAUCAGCACGUCGGCGGAUCUGGAGGAUGCGGAUGAGGAGGACUUGUACCUGGAGUUGCGGAGGGUGGAGAUCCUGCAGAGGAUGAGGAAGGUGAGGAAGGCUAAGAUUGGGAUUGUGUGA